AUGUCGUACCGCGUUGAGGUAUCGCCGAACGCUCGCGCUGGUUGCAAAGACGCAGUGUGCAAGGCUGAGGGCACAAAGAUCACCAAGGGCGAGAUUCGCUUCGGUGCUUGGGUUAAAUUCCAAGAGCACGGUAGCUGGCAUUGGCGUCACUGGGGUUGCGUCUCAGGCGAGUCGAUCAAGAACGUUCAGGAGAAAAUCAAGCAGGACGAUGGCAGCUACGACUACGACGCCAUCGACGGCUUUGAUGAAAUGACCGACCAUCCUGAUGUACAGGAGAAGAUCAAACGCGUCAUCGAGCAGGGUCACAUUGAUCCCGAGGACUUCAAUGGCGACCCAGAGAUGAACCGUCCUGGCCAGAAGGGUAUCCGUGGACGUCCCAAGAAGGCCAAGGCUGCGGAUGAUGACGAGGCUCCCAAGCCCAAGAAGCGUGGCCGCAAGAAGGCCGAUGCCGCUGAUGAAGAAGACGAAGAGGAUGUCAAGCCCAAGAAGAAGGCCAAGAAGACUGCUGCCAAGGCUGAGGACGAUGACGAGAAGCCUGCUCCCAAGGGCCGUGGCAAGAAGUCUACCAAGGCCGCCGUCAAGGAUGAAGACGAGACCGAAGAAGAGCCUGAGGAGGAACCUGCUCCCGUCAAGAAACCCCGUGGAAGGGGUGCUACCAAGAAGGCUGUCAAGGCCGAGUCGGAAGAUGAGGUCGAACCCGAGGAAGAGAAACCUGCCCCAGCCAAGAAGGCUCGCGGUCGCAAAGCUGCUCCCAAGAAGGAGCCUACCCCCGAGGAGGAAGACGACGAAGAUCAGCAGGAGGAUCCCGAGGAGCCCGAGGAGGAACCUGCACCCAAGCCCAAGGGAAGAGCCGGACGCAAGUCCAAGACUGCUGCUGCUGUUGAGGAUGCCGCCCCUGCUAAGCCCAAGCGUGGCCGAGGCCGCAAGUCUGCUGCUGCCGACGAGGAUUAA